AUGAGCUCUUACUUUGUAAACUCCUUCUCGGGGCGCUACCCGGACGGCCCCGGCUAUAAACUGCUCCAUUAUGGAGCCAGCGGCGGCGCGAUGAGCAGCGGGACGUACGGGGACGCUGCCUCUGCGCCCGCGCACCCCGAGACGGGCUCCUAUGGACACGGCUACAACGGCAUGGACCUGACCGUGGCCAGCCGGGGCGGGGGGGCCGGCGGAGGAGCCUUCGCGGCCGGGGACGGCCGGCGCUUCGGCGCGCUGACCGCUGAAAGGGGCUUCCGACCGCCGUCCAGCUGCUCCCUGGCGUCCGCGGCCAAACCCCUGCUGUCAGCCGGUGCUGGCGAUCCCAAGCCGUGCGCGCAGAGGUCGCCCCCCCACCCGGAGAAGGCGGGGAGCGACGCCGCCAGGGCUCCACAGCUUUCCGGGGGCGCGCCGCCGUUCUUCGCCCGGGACAACUCCCCGCCGGAGGCCGAGGACCUGCUGCUGCUCACCGGAGACGCCACCCGCGGGGGCAGCCGGCCCCCCCCGUCCGGACGCUCACAGCCGGCCGACAGGCAGGAGGGCGGCCCGGCGGGAGCCCCCGCCGAGGCCCGGCCGCCGCAGAUUUUCCCCUGGAUGAGGAAGCUCCACAUCAGCCACGGUACGUGCCUCUCCGGCUCUCAGCGGGUGCUUGUGCACGGGGCUUAA